GCCGCCGAGCUAGCAGCCAUGACAGACCCGAUGGAACGAAGAGAGAGGGAGGAAGAACAAAAGUUAGCAUGGAAGCUGAGGAUGAAGAGAGAGAUGAAGAAGACGAGAGAGGAAGUGAACAAGAUGACCGCAGAGGUGGCAAAGGUGCAGGAGUGUAGAGCGGAGGUGCUGGUCCAACCAGACGAUAAGGCCAAGUGGGACAAAGUACUGGGGUAUCUAGAGGUGUUGAGCAAGGCCUGGAUGGAGGAGCGCCAGGCAAACUGGAGCCAGGAUGUAGCGUUGAGUGCCAUGCGGUCAGGGUUUAGAGAUUUUGCGCGCGAGUUCGUCACCCAUAUUGGGGGCGAAGUGAAGCAAUUGAGAGAUAAUGUAGGAAAGUUUUGUGAGGGCGCCAUUCAGGGUGCCAAAGCUGUAGCCGCUGUAGAGGGAGAGGCCAGACCCCGUAAGGACCCAGUGAAACUCAAGUUCCCAGAUGCGUACAGGGGGAAGAAGGAAGAGAACUUUGACAACUGGGUAGCCAGUGUCAACAGUUAUAUUUACUUGCAACAUAUCCUAACAGAGGAGCAAGUCCUCGUGGCCUUCCAGGCUCUGAAGGACGAAGCGGCUAGCUUCGCCAGGUCACUCGCGCGUACAGCCGGUUGUGAAAACAACCUGGUUGCAUAUUCCAAAGUCACUCCUCUUUCCCAAUUCCUCAAGCUCCUCAAGGAGUGGUUCGUUGACCCAACGCGAGGCAUUAGAGCCUCUGAUAAGCUCCAAACGAUCCACUCGCGGCAGUGGAGGAGUGCAAAGGCACUCAAGGGUACUAUGGACGACGUGGUAGCCGUCCCGGACCACGGGGUCACUGAACCCCAGUUCGUCCAGUUGUUUUAUCGUGCCAUUCCAGAAGCCCUACGCAGGCAUUUCUUUGACAAAUCUCAGCAAGCCGGCAUGACUUACGAUGUAUUGAGUAGAGAAGUCGUCCUGUAUGAGUCGAAGUCUAUGCCAGUUACCACUUUCUGGCAUAAGGACCUGGAGAAGGGGAAGAAGUGGAAAGAUCGUACCAUCUCGGGCCAAGUCAAGGCCAAAGAUCACUUGAUCCUGACAUUAGAUGAGGGUGGUACAGAAGAGGUCCAAUAUGAUCAGAUUGAGUGGGGCCUAGGGGAGGAGUAUAGUUGUGUAGGGAAGGGGAGGUCUUACGCUGCUGUCGCGGCCGGAGGGAGGCCGCAAGGUAGAGGAGAAGGCCAGGGCCAAAGGGGCCAGGCCAUAGGAGGCCGAGGACCGGGCGCACAGAGGGUUGGCGGACAGGGAAACCGCCAAGCGGGAGUAGUCUACUUAGAUGAUAUCCUAGUCUUUAGUAAGACCCUCCAGGAGCACCAGGGUCAUCUGAGGCAGGUCUUGGAGAAGCUUAGAGAGGAUAACUUCAAGAUCAACGCGAAGAAGUGCGAGUGGGCCAAGACGCAAGUCUUAUACUUGGGCCACGUGUUGGACGGAGAUGGCAUUAAGCCAGAGGACAGCAAGAUCGCGGCGAUCAGAGAUUGGCCGACGCCCCGCACAUUGACAGAGUUGCGGUCGUUCCUAGGCUUAGCUAACUACUAUAGGAAGUUCGUAAGGAACUUCUCUACUAUCGCCGCUCCCUUGCGCAGGUUGCUGAAGAAAGAGGCAAUCUGRCAAUGGGACAAAGACUGUACGUCUGCGCUCAAGAAGCUAAAGCGCGUGUUAAUAGAAUAUCCUGUCCUCAAAGUUGBAGAUCCGUCUUUGCCAUUUGUCGUCACCAUGGACGCGAGUCAGUAUGGGAUACGCGCCGUGUUGCAGCAAGACGACGACAAUGGUUAUAGACCUGUAGAGUUCAUAUCAGCGAGGAUGCCCUGUGAGAAGGUYGCUACCUCCACGUACGAGAGAGAACUCUACGCUCUCAGGUAGGCUUUAGACCAUUGGAAGCACUACCUAACUGGGAGGCACUUCAAAGUCUAUUYGGACCAUGAAACGCUUAGAUGGUUGAAGACCC